AUGAAUUCCUCGGAAUUGCUCACGGCUGCAAGAGCGUUCAACUCAACAGUCUACCCAUGGAGAUCAGAUGCGAUGAUGCACAUGGAAUCCACCCUACAGCUGCAGAUCAACCCCCGAGCGGUCCUCGCAUGCGUCCUCUCCUUCCUGGCCGCCACCAUCUCCAGCGCCGGCGGCGUCGGCGGCGGCUCGCUGUACGUGCCGAUCCUCAACAUCGUGGCCGGGCUCAGCCUCAAGACGUCCACGGCGUUCUCGACCUUCAUGGUCACCGGCGGCACGCUGUCCAACGUGCUCUACACCCUACUGGUCCGCGGGCCCGGGCCGGACGGCCAGCCGCUGAUCGACUACGACAUCGCGGUGGUCUCGCAGCCGUGCCUCCUCCUCGGAGUCAGCGUCGGGGUGGUGUGCAACGUCAUGUUCCCAGAGUGGCUCAUCACCGUGCUGUUUGCCGCGUUCCUGUCCUUCGCCACGUUCAAGACGUACGGCACCGGGAUGAGGCGGUGGCGAGGUGAGACGGCGGCGGUGAGGAGGGUUCUUGAGGGAGCGGGCACCGGAGCGGGCACGGAGGAACCGCUUAUUAUUGGCAAGAAGGGAGGCGGUGGCCACGGGUGUCACUGGGUGGACGUGGACUUGGUUGUGCUUGUCACGGUCUGGCUUUGCUUCUUUGUCAUGCAUCUUUUCAUAGGAGGCGAGGGCGCUAAGGGGGUGUUUGACAUGAAGCCAUGUGGAGUCGCGUACUGGCUCAUCACCGUGGCCCAAAUCCCUAUUGCCGUGGCUUUCACAGCGUGUAUUGUGAGCCAGAAAAGAAAAUUACAGACUCGAAACAGCCAGGUGGCUGAGCUGGCAAUCGCAAUGAAGAGCAGGCUAGACGCUCUGCCGGUGUACGUCUUCCCGGUGGCUGCUCUGCUGACCGGCGUCAUGAGCGGCCUCUUUGGCAUCGGAGGAGGCCUGCUUCUCAACCCCGUCCUGCUCCAAAUUGGAGUGCCUCCAAAAACAGCCUCAGCGACGACGAUGUUUAUGGUUCUCUUCUGCGCCUCCAUGUCAAUGGUCCAGUUCAUAAUCCUGGGAGUUCCCGGGAUCGUGGGCGCGUUGGUCUACGCCGUCGCAUGCUUCCUAGCUUCCAUUGUCGGUCUGGUCGUUAUCGAGGGCGCCAUUAGGAGGUCCGGCAGGGUUUCGCUCAUCGUCCUCAUGGUCGCCGCCGUCCUGGCCCUCAGCGCCGUCGUCAUAGCUUGCUCCGGCGCGGUUCGCGUCUGGGCGCAGUACACGAGCGGGCAGUACAUGGGUUUCAAGCUCCCCUGCUAA